AUGCUCUCAAUAAGAUUUCAGAAUGAGAUUAAAGCAAAUCUAGAUGAAUAUAAAACUAUAUCACAAUCUAUUUACCUUUUUACGGUUACGACUCAGCACGGCAGCUUAGCAACGGGAAAUGGCCGAAAGUCGGAACGAAGAAGAAAUGAAGACAAAAAAAAACAUAAAAAGAGAUUAAAAAUUUUUUGUUAUGAAGUUCAAUUAGUUUUCAUAAAGUUUGCCGAGUGCAUUAAGCUGUGA